GGGCGCCGCCGCCCGCCUCGGGCCCCGCGCGUUGCGACAGCACCUGCCGGCGAGGCCGUCCCCGCGUCUGAGCGCCGCGCGCCCCCGGCCCAUGGCUCGGCUCCCCGGGCCCCGACCCCGGCACACGGGCGGCGCAGCGCACGGGCGGGCGCGCCCCAGGGCCGCCUUCUCCGCAGCCUGAGCGCCCCUCUCCGCUCCCCGGGAAGCAUGUACCUGCUGGACGGCGGCGGGGAGCCCGCCUCGCCACCCGCGGACGCGAUGCCCCGCGGGGCGCCACCCAGGAAGACUGUCUACCGCAUCUCAGUGACCAUGGUCCGGAAGGAGCAGCUGGCGGCGCCGAGCUCCGACGGGCCCGACCCGCGCCCUGCCCGGGGGCCCCGGCCCUCGCGCUCCCCGGACGCGCCCGAGCGGCUGCUGGAGGAGGCCGAGGAGAACGCGGAGGGUGCCCCGGCCCAAGCCUGGGACGUGCGCACGUUCCGCGCCCGUAGCACCGGGCAGCUGGAGCUCGGGCGCCUCCGGCCGUGCGCGCGCGGCCCAGAGCCUGCGGACGUGGCCCGCAGCCCCCUGGCCCUGGAGGGGCGUAACUCGCCCGCGCCCUGCAGCCCGGAGGUGGAGGCGGCGCGGGCCCAGACCCUGCGGCGGAGCCUCAGCUUCAGGCACUGGAGCGCGCCCGAGGCGCCACAGAGCCCCGGCCCGGACGGCGGCAGGCACCGCAGCAGCUCGGAGAGCCUGGCCUGGGCGCCCAGCGAGGAGCCGGAGGCGCGCCCUGAGGCCGCCGCAGCCGCCUUGCAGCCCCCUUCGGAGAAGCGCAACACCUUGGACGUGGGCGAGGUGCUCAGCAAGAACGACGCGCUCUCGGAGCUGGAGCGCUGGGAGCGUAGCAAGAGCAAGAACCGCACUCUGGACAACAGCGACCUGCAGCGGCUGGAGCGUGCGCGGGCCGCGGCCUCGGAGCACCGGCUGCUGCGCUUCUUCAGUGGCAUCUUCGCGCGCAGGGACGGCGCGGCCUCCCCGCGGAGGGGCGCCCCGCGGACGCGCGGCUACUUCAGCCUGCGGCGGGUCCCGGCCGACGCUCACUCGUCCAGCGCCGAGAGCAUCGACGGGUCCCCGCGCAGAGAUGCUUUCGUGAACAGCCAGGAAUGGACGUUGAGUCGAUCGGUGCCAGAGCUCAAAGUGGGGAUUGUGGGUAACUUGGCCAGUGGCAAGUCGGCCCUGGUGCAUCGAUACCUGACGGGCACGUAUGUCCAGGAGGAGUCUCCGGAAGAUAUGGAUGCAGGUGGCAGGUUCAAGAAGGAAAUCGUGGUGGACGGACAGAGCUAUCUGCUGCUGAUUAGAGAUGAAGGGGGCCCCCCGGAGGCGCAGUUUGCCAUGUGGGUGGACGCUGUCAUAUUUGUCUUCAGCUUGGAGGACGAGAUCAGCUUCCAGACCGUCUACCACUACUACAGUCGAAUGGCCAACUACCGGAACACGAGCGAGAUCCCUCUCGUGCUGGUGGGGACCCAGGAUGCCAUAAGUUCCACGAACCCGCGGGUCAUUGAUGAUGCCAGGGCCCGGAAGCUGUCCAACGACCUGAAGCGGUGCACGUACUACGAGACGUGUGCCACGUACGGGCUCAACGUGGAGCGGGUCUUUCAGGACGUGGCCCAGAAGAUCGUAGCCACGAGGAAGAAGCAGCAGCUGUCCAUAGGCCCCUGCAAGUCCCUGCCGAACUCUCCCAGCCACUCCUCAGUCUGCUCUGCACAGGUGUCGGCGGUGCACAUGAGCCAGACGAGCAAUGGAGGCGGGAGUUUAAGCGACUACUCCUCCUCUGUCCCAUCCACUCCGAGCACCAGCCAGAAGGAACUCCGCAUCGAUGUCCCCGCCACUGCCAACACCCCGACGCCCGUGCGGAAACAGUCCAAGCGCCGGUCCAACCUUUUCACGUCUCGGAAAGGGAGUGACCCAGACAAAGAGAAGAAAGGCCUGGAGAGCCGUGCGGACAGCAUCGGGAGCGGCCGAGCCAUCCCAAUUAAACAGGGCAUGCUGUUGAAGCGAAGUGGAAAGUCGUUGAACAAAGAGUGGAAGAAGAAAUACGUCACCUUGUGUGACAAUGGCGUGCUGACCUAUCAUCCAAGUUUGCAUGAUUACAUGCAGAAUGUUCACGGUAAAGAGAUUGACCUCCUGAGAACCACUGUGAAAGUCCCAGGGAAGAGGCCACCCCGAGCCACGUCGGCCUGCGCGCCCAUCUCCAGUCCCAAAACCAAUGGCUUGUCCAAGGACGUGAGCAGUUUACACAUCUCACCAAAUUCAGGGAAUGUCACUAGUGCGCCGGGGUCUCAGAUGGCAAGCGGCAUCGGCCUGGUCUCCUUCAGCAGCCGACCGGACGGCAUGCACCAGCGCUCCUACUCCGUCUCCAGUGCCGACCAGUGGAGCGAGGCUGCAGUCAUUGCAAACUUGGCCAUCAGCAGUGACACAGGGCUGGGUGACUCCGUGUGCUCCAGCCCAAGUAUCUCCAGCUCCACCAGCCCCAAGCUCGACCCGCCACCCUCCCCCCACGCCAACAGAAAGAAGCACCGGAGGAAGAAAAGUACCAGCAACUUCAAAGCCGACGGGCUCUCAGGCACAGCUGAAGCCAAACGCAAAGCAUGGAAACUAAACCGUGUUGGUAGCCUGCGAAAUAUAUACAGCAGCAGCACCAACCCUGAAGAACAAGAAGAAAACUUUGAGUUCAUCAUUGUGUCCCUCACUGGCCAGACGUGGCACUUUGAAGCCACCACGUAUGAAGAGCGAGAUGCGUGGGUCCAAGCCAUCGAGAGCCAGAUCCUCGCCAGCCUGCAGUCCUGCGAGAGCAGCAAGAAUAAGUCCCGGCUGACCAGCCAGAGUGAGGCCAUGGCCCUGCAGUCCAUCCGGAACAUCCGCGGGAACUCCCACUGCGUGGACUGCGACACCCAAAACCCUAACUGGGCCAGCUUGAACUUGGGCGCCCUCAUGUGCAUCGAGUGCUCGGGGAUCCACCGGAACCUGGGCACCCACCUGUCCCGGGUGCGCUCCCUGGACCUGGACGACUGGCCCAUCGAGCUCAUCCAGGUGAUGUCAUCCAUCGGCAACGAGUUGGCCAACAGCGUGUGGGAGGAGAGCAGCCGGGGCCGGUCCAAGCCCUCCCUGGACUCCCCCAGGGAAGAGAAGGAGCGAUGGAUCCGGGCAAAGUACGAGCAGAAGCUCUUCCUGGCCCCACUGCCAUGCACAGAGCUGUCCCUGGGCCAGCACCUGCUGCGUGCCACCGCCGAUGAGGACCUGAGGACAGUCAUCCUGCUGCUGGCGCACGGCUCCCGGGACGAGGUGAACGAGACUUGCGGAGAGAGCGACGGCCGCACAGCUCUGCACUUGGCCUGCCGCAAGGGCAACGUGGUACUGGCCCAGCUGCUCAUCUGGUACGGGGUGGAUGUCAUGACCCGAGAUGCACAAGGGAACACGGCACUGGCCUAUGCCCGGCAGGCAUCCAGCCAGGAGUGCAUCGACGUGCUGCUGCAGUACGGCUGCCCUGACGAGCGCUUUGUGCUCAUGGCCACCCCCAACCUAUCCCGGAAGAACAACAACCGGAACAACAGCAGUGGCAGGGUGCCCAGCAUCAUCUGACAGUGGCCUUUCCACUGCACCCAGGACGCCCAGCCUUACUGCGCUGCAGCCCUCGGAAGUCACAGCACGUGAGUCCUGUCAUGUCCCUUCCCUUUCUGGUGGUCAUCUCCUGUCCACCCGCCCAUUCACCCCAAAUGAAAUCUCCAAACCUGGACAUCCUUGAGGGGUGAAGAGGACACCAGGAGGCUGCAGAACCAAUUCCUUUUCACAAACUGGCAACAGUGCACAGGAGAGACCACCAGGCCUUGGUUGUUUGAUGAUAGCACACAGCACGGGACCCCUAUCCUGGAGCCAAAGUGGGGAACAAGGGCCAGGCCCCAAGGGGGAGGGGCUCGGGCGAGGAGCACGCAGAAGGGGCAGCUCUCCUUAACUGGCAGUUAAGCACAUGAAUACGUUUCACCUCUACCAAACGGAGCACUUGGAUUUCAUCUCUUCUCCGAGGAGCUUGACGGCAUAAAUCAGAAGCAAGCACAGAGUUUGUCAGGUUUGAAGCCCCUAUGAUGGUAUGUGUCAAAUCAGUUGUAGCUAAUCUGUCCGGGGAGAAUACUGGCUUCAUUACACUUGUAUAGUUGAGUUCUUCCAGCAUUACCGCUGUUUAAUAGAACAUGAUUAGUCAUCACCGAGAAGAAAGCAUAUUAGCCGAGGAGCUAGUUACGCGGCACGCUCCGGUGAUUGCCGUGAUGUGAUUGCAGUACUCUUAGAGGCAUCGUAUUAGCCCGGACGUGUUCUUUCGAGCCCUUGGAGCCCUCCUUUCUAAAUUCGCUGUCAUAAUUUAGUAUCUGUUUAAUUUUUCAGUCCAAAGAGAGGAAAUCAGUUGCCGAGUAUUAUUUGACUGCAGUCUCCUUGGUGCAAAAACAAAAUGGAAAAAAUAAAUAAGAAUAACUUGGAAAUUCAGAAGGAAAUCGCAAAUUCAGCUGGUAACAGCUUCUCCAGUGCAGUUUGUAAAGGAAGUGAACACACAGAAGGCUAUUUUUUCUGAACGUAAGAGAGAUGUUCUGUCCUUUGGUCAAAGUGGGGGUGUUAGGCCUCAGUCACUCUGGGGCCACACGGCCCAAGUUACCAGGCUUCUGAAAGUCUGUUUGAAUAAAAGAAGUUCAUAAAUAUGCAUUGAUUUUUGUACAGACAAAUGGCACCUCUGUUAAUUUAUAAAUUCAACUGGAUGUGAACUAAUAAUGUGCAACUAGUUGAGAUAAGAGGGUUACAGAUGAUUGUACAUGGAAAAUAUUCCCAGCAGUAAACACUUCCAUUAAUGUGAUAUACAGCUUUUACAAGGAACGUAGCAGAGUAAGAUGGUGGUACGAUUUGCUUAUUAAAAUGGAGAAAGAAAAAAGAAAGACAUUGAAGCAUUUUGGAAAGGGGGGAAAGGAGCAUGGGAAUUUUCAUUCUUGAAGGCAUGAUUUAGAAUGGAAACCAUUUUGCUAACCAAGAGUGAGGGGCUCGGGCAGGAUGGGGAGAUUUUGUGAAAACUGGAACCAGGCGCCUAUGCCUGCAGGCACAGCCUGCCUAUGGUACCUAUGACACCUGGUCCACCAUCAUCAGGGCCACCUUCAGCCAGGUGAGCAAACAGAGAAAACCCAAUUGCAUGCCCCUUAGAUCAAAAAGGGAAGGAGGCUGGGGAUGUAGCUCAGUGGCGCCAUGCCUGCCUGGCAAAUGCAAGGUCCUAAGUUCCAUCCCCAGUACCAGGAAAAAAAAAAAAGGAAAGAGGCAGCUUUGCCCAGAGCCUGUGGCAGUAUGACGAGGGAAGAAGGGUUGUCAUGGUGCAGCCCAAGGACACGGGGCUGACGUGGCACAGGGACACAAAGCCACAUUGCCCAGCAGCCUCCUGAGACCUUCCUUGCUCAUAUAUUGAACCUUAUAUUUUGUAAGAGUUUUUCUUCUUCUUUCACUUUUUAGAAAAAAAAAAUUUUAAGGAGAUGGGGAAAAAAUAAAGCUUUACACAGAAUUUAUAUGUGGGUAAGUGUCUGAUGGAGAUUUCUAAUCUUAAGUAAGCUCAGCGGAACGGACCCAUAUGCAGAAGCCCUCGUCUGAGGACCUGGGCCACACUUUCAUAGCCCUGCCAUUUGGUUUUUUAAUUCUGCUUUUUGUCACUAUGUAGUUAUUUUAAAUGUGCAUAGAGAAAAAAAGUCAUUGCCUAUUUUUGAAGAAUACAUUAGCAUCUAAUCUCACCCUACACAUUCCCCUCCACAGCCUUUACUGUAGACUUUGUGUAGAGAACACAGAUAGAGUAUAAAUGAAAUUCUUAAAUUAUUUCAUUGUAGUUAAUUCCCACUAUAGGAAUGCUUUAUCGUAGUGGAGCCUUCCUUUGAAAAGAAAUGGAAUUCCUCGUGAGGCUUCGCUUUGAGAUGUAUAUGAGUGUGUACAGAUUAUUAUAUGUGUUUAUAAUAUAAUAUUUUCCCAAAUGACUUCUUACUCCACUUCGCCUUCCACAGCCUGAAUGCUAGAUCGGUGUUUCCCCUCCCUUCCCUCCCGCACAGGACGGCAUCGACCCCACCCCAGGGACCAGGGCCCCUCCCCUGCCCUCUGUAGUGACCUUGAUUUGCGCCAAGAGCCCACCCACUUUCUUGAGCCGAAGUUUUAGCAAGAGGUGGAAAAGCAGUAGCGGGGUGCAAAAAAGGGGAGCAAGGGGCGGCCCAUGUGUAUCUCCGCGUGAGGCCCGGCCCUUGGCGGAGGGCGCUCUUGCUUUAAAGCUUGCUGACACAAGGCUGGGCAAAGCAGGACGAGGCCGGCGACAGGCGUGAGCAGCGUGGGACGCAGGUGAGCUCUCACAAACCCUUUCCGUGUUCAGCCCCGCGAGGGGCCGGCGACACGGGAAACCACCACUGCAGAAUCUGCAGGCCCUGUUCUGUCCAUGAAGCAAAUCCUCUCACAGUGAGAAACUGCCCACUAGGAGGGCACGCGAGCACCACACGCACAGGGACCGCCUCCCGGUGUCCAGGCAGCACCCGUUCCGCUUCUGGGCCACUAAACCGCAAGUGGGGGGCACAGAGGCGGCUGGGUCUCCAGUCGCCAAGAAAGCCCUGCAGAGGGAAGGGUGCUGUGGUUCUGACCCCAGUCCCACGAGUGCAGACCUCACAAAUGGCGUGGGCAGGUGGUUCCAGGGCAGUAAGCCAGUGACAGGUUCCUAGGUCUUUGGUCCCGAAAACGUGCAGUGCUGCGUCUCCACGAGGUAACACAAGGUCUGUAUAGCCCAGAAACACAGAAGAGGGUGGACUGCGAGUCACCCUGGAGGGCGGGAUGAACCCAGGGCCCUGGACAUGGUGCCCAAGCCCUCUACCUCGGAGCUGGAGCUCCAGUCCCAGCCCAAGUCACUCUUCCCUGUGGGCCUCUGAAAUGGACUCCACAGCACAUGCGCAGGGCAUCUAGCAAGAUUUUCCCCGGGCCAGUGAGGUAGUUUUGGGUCCAUCCUGGGCCAUGCAGUGUAGACACCAGUGUUCCCAGUCUUGUACCGUCUGUACUUUAGUGUCAUUCCCUGGAUCUGCAUGGAUCUGUCGCUGCUUUCUUAGGGAACAACGUGGUCGGGUAAGGAAGAAACCUGGCAGCCAGAGUCCCCCAGCUCCACUGUCCACCUGAGGAUGUGUCUGCAGCAUCCUCAACUGUGAAGCUUGCAGUGAGUUCCAAACCAGAGAGAUAAAAUGCCAGCCUCACACCUGGCUGGGAGACAGAUGCAGGGAACCAGGAUGUUUAUCAAGAAUAGAGUACACACCCAGGGACCUGCCCCUACCUGACACCAGGUCCUCACCACCUGGGCAGGCAGUGACAGCUCGGCAUGGUUAAGCCUGUGCCCUCCUCUCUGCUAAGCCCCUGGUGCCUUUUCUCAAGCCCCUGUGUGCAGGCAGUAGAGUCAGAGGAUGAUGGAGGCCCCAUUCAAAGCUGCCCACUUCCUGCUGUCUCAGCCCUCUGCUCUCAGAAUGUCCCUCUGCUUUUCCAGAGGUAGAGAAGGGGGUGAGGACGGCUCUCCUGCCUUUUGCUAGUGUUGCCUGGGGACUAGGGUGACCCUGCUCUCCCGCACCUCAGGUAACCACGAGGCUGCUGGAACAUUCCUAUUGCUGUCCUCUUCCUCCUGCCCAGCACGUCAGAGCUCCCUGGAGAGUACUGGGCUGGCUGUAGCCUUAGGCUUCUCUGCCUCUGUCUCCCUCAGUGAGCUUGUGCUCAUCUGGCUACUGGGGUGACCACCAUCCCUGUCAUUUAGGAUGCUCUGAGAAUGAGGAGGACUCCCCACAUCCCGUCUGAGGAAGUUGAAGCCCACCAUAGCUUCUUCUGAGAAGAGGUAGCAUCAGGGCCCAAGAGCUCAGGACACAAAGGUGUUUGGAAAGCAAACCGUUGCCUCUCGAUGGGCUUUCUUCCACCACUCCUCCCCACCCUUGCUGUUUCCAUGCCUCACACAAGGUCACAGAGAAUUUUCUAGAACUCUCCUGGGUUCUUCAUGGCCUUCAAGCAAAUUGAAAAGCAGGAAGGAAUUUGAGUACAAAUGUUCCAGAGAUGCACAUUUUUCCUUCAGAGGAAAAGAAUUUAUCUCCCACUGCCUCCAUAGUCUGGUUUCUGGUGUUAUGGAGUCGCAUCCGGAAGUAGCUUUCGACUCAUACCCACCAGAAAGCUCAGUAAGGGCCUCAGGUAUCCGCCAUGCUUCCUCCCUUGGAGUGGGUCUCUUCUGGGCCCCUGAGUGUCCUCUCUUGGCCAGCAUGCCCAGCUGUGGUACUGGGCAUGGUGACCUGCAUGGCCUUGCUGACCCUCCAAUAUGCCCUCUCCUCUGCUUAGUGCCCUGCCUGGGUGAAUUCUUGUCAUUCAGCAUCUAAAUUAGACCAUUUUUCAAGCCAAAAUACCAAAUCCCUUGCAGUUAAGCAGAAGAGAGAAGGGCAUGGGCCAAGCUACUUGGAGAUGAAUUACUAAGCUUCAGUCUUCAGAUUUCAUUUCCAUCGCUGUCCAGGAAGGAAGUGCUAGGCCUGAGACAUGUAAUGUCCCUGACUCUCAGACCAGUACCAGGCAGCCCGGUCACAGUAACUUGGACCUUAGUGUUUCCAAACAAAUGCUCUUCCCUUUAAGGAAGAAGUACUGUCUGAAAAUAGAUCUUCAAAUGUGAGUGGAGUCCCUGUUUAAUUUGUAUGUCCACUGCUUUUGAAACUUGGAUUUGCAUUCUGCGUCACAGUUAAAAUUAGAAUCAUCCAUGGAAGAUUCUGGAAAGGAAUUCUAAACAACCAACCAGUCUUCUUUUUCCUUCUGGAGUUUUUACAAGCCCAGGUUUUAGGAGUAUUUAAGUGCUAUGACCACCCACCCAAAGCAGUCAUAGAAAAGGUAAUUGUAAACUAUCCUCCUCCUUUCAAAGAAGCAUCAGCAGUUGGGCUGGGGUUUGCUCCUGCCUAGUACAAAUGCUCUGUGUGAGGCCCCGUGUCCCGCACAGCAGGCUCAAGCCUGGAGGUGGGCACCCCGUGCUCCUGUGUCCGAGGCAAGAUGCCCACGUGAGAGAGAGAGAGAGAGAGAGAGCGCGAGCGAGCGAGCGAGCGAGGUUGGCUCAGGGCUUGUUUUUUAUUUUGGCCUGGUGUGCUGCAUCUGCAGGGGAUCCCCCAGAGGGUCGUGAAUCAAGCCAUACGAUAGACUCGCCUGCCAACGUCUGGACUGACCUGGAAUUCCGAGCUGGAGGGGUUCACGGCCUUAGUCUUGACACAGGUGAAAGAAACGAACCAAGGAGUGCGAGAGUGUUGGGAAGUCUCCCCGUGGAGCAGAGCCCCAGGCCACGCUAGACUCCCGACCUCCCCAUUCCUAGCCGGUGUGCACAGUGGCCCAGGAAGCGCCUGCUACAGCUGGCUCUGGAACUGGAAAGGCCGCCUUGCAGCAGCCGGUCCACCGUGAAGAGGGAAGGGGUGUGGGGCCUAAGGGGCCCCCUGGGCCACCACUCUCCUCUGGGGGCCAGCAAGAAUGUGUCUUCCUGGCCUGUGAGGCCAGGGGGACAGAGGAGGGACCACGGGUGCCGUGAGCUAGGGCCAGUGAGGACUUCGCUCUCUCACUUCCUGCUCACGUGAGCUCACCACAUGGCCACGCGCCCCCCAGUCCCAGUAGUUUUGUCCCCAGAAUGGAGUUGAGUCGGGAUCAGGUAAGAAAGGGUGUGUUUAGAAACUGCUUCCUGUGGUGCAGAGGAGGGAAGCACCCCCUGAUACCCCAGCUCCGCACAACCCCUGGGCUGAGCCCCAGCAUGGGCAUGGGAGGCGCCCACCGCUCCCUUCUCCAGCAUUCCUUGGCGUCCCCAACCCCUGGGAGCAGCCGGCGGGGACAGCCGCAUUUCUGGGUGGCAGCAGGGGAAUCCAGGGGCCACCUUUUAGCACCCUGUCCUGUUUCUGUAAAUAGCCAUGUAUAGAAGAGGAAGAGCAGCCGGGGGUUUAUGUAGAGAUGGGGUGGGUUUUGGUUUUUUAGGUUGUUUUUUAUAUUACCUCAUUCAGCAACUUCAUGUUUCACAAUGACUCGAUGAUGCUUUAUUUAUAUUGUUUGUACUGUAAUUAAAACCAUUGACAGACAUUUCACUUUGCUUGUUACUUCAUAUGAUCUUGUUUGGAUUAAAUAUGCCAGUUUGUGUUUUCCUGCCUUGGGAUUUCUGUGUCAGCUGUACAGUAUUCUAGGGGGAAAGAAAAAGGAAACUGUAAGGUAACGGAGAGAGGUGGCUGUAGUGUAGAGACCUCUUUCCAAUAAAGAAACGAAAAUAUG